AUUAUGUUUGUGUAACAAAAUAUAUUCACAACGAAGAGUGAAAAGAACAAAUCUUUUAAAAUGUAUUUUUACGAACGGUUUUGCCAGUGGUUAGGACAUUUAAAAUUAUCCCGUGUUAUAUUACUGGUUUCAGUAAUAUUAUUUGUAGUUCCCCUAUUCACACAUUAUUAUUUAUCUAAGUAUGAUGAGACUGGCACUCUAUCUAGUAAUCCAAUGCGCCACACGCUGGAGGCUUUGGGUGAUAUCUCAACAAUGAAUGCAGCUGAUUUGAAACUAAGGAUUGAGGAAAUGUUGCGAAUAAAGGCUUCAGUAUCGACCGAGUUACGUGAACUGGAGGCAAAACGCGGACGAUUGCAGCGGGAAGCGGCGGCAGCGAGUGCUAAGGCGGACAGUGCUAAGGCAGAACACGCGCGAGCUGCUGCCGAGCUGCAGCGCCUGCGCGUGUCCGCCGACCAGGCCCGCAUCGCGCAGCUAGAGGCCAUUCGACGUGACUCACCAGAACUAGCCCCACCACUCCAAAUACUACCCUCAAGACCUCCGCCCAUAUUGCCGCCUAUAGCUUCUUCCUCUGAAGUCCACUGCCGCAUGUUUUCGUGCUUCGACCACUCUCGCUGCUCCCUAACAUCAGGUUUCCCUGUGUACCUCUACGACCCUGACGUCUUCGUGCCUCUUUCUGGCGCUGAGGUGGACGGCUUCCUGAAAACGACACUCAAGCAAACAUUAGGCUACAACACCCACAUAACGCGCGACCCUAAUGAAGCGUGUGUCUACCUGGUCAUUGUGGGCGAGGCUUUUCCAUUUGUCAAGACUCCCGCGCCAACAACAGAUACGUAUAAGCUCCUGUUGAACGAGACUGCAAUCAAGAGCUUGCCGUACUGGGGUGGGGACGGACGAAACCAUGUGUUAGUGAAUAUGGCGCGGAGGGAGCUGUCAGUCGGCUCGGGCGACGCUUUCCGAGGAGCCUCGAUAGGCCGAGCCAUGAUCGCACAGUCCACCUUCACACACGAACAGUUUCGACCAGGGUUUGAUAUCGUUAUGCCUCCCGCACUCGGUCCGCCCGGGGGCGACGUGUGGGCUGACUGCGCACCUAUCGCACCUGCAAGGCGGAAAUAUUUGCUAAGUUUUCAGGGUUCGCAGCCGCCGCCGAAAGGAAUAGACAAGGAUCACGAUAAAUCUCUGAUCGAGGCUCUGCAGCAAAUGGUGAAGUCUGCGCCAGCGUCUGAUCUAUUCCAUCUGCAGUUCGAGUGCGACCCGCCAGUUGAGAAACGCGCCGUUCUGCCCAUCGGGGACUGGGCGCUCUGUGGGACCGACCGCUCCCGCCGUGCCGUACUGAGGGACUCUACAUUCGCACUCAUACUGGCUCCUGCCGAUAGAAACUAUGUAACGACGGCUCUCUUGCAAGCGAGGCUAUACGAAGCGUUACGAUCGGGUGCUAUCCCGGUGAUACUCGGUGGCGACCGCAUCAGGCUGCCGUUCGACGAGGUCCUGGACUGGCGGCGCGCGACCGUGUCAGUGCCGCGCGCGCGCGUGCCCGAGCUGCACGUGUUGCUGCGCGCGCUGGCGGACGCCGACCUGCUGGCGCUGCGGCGCCACGCGCGCGUGCUGUGGGAGCGCUACCUGAGCUCGGUGCAGGCGGGCGUGGACGCGCUGCUGGCCAGCCUGCGCACGCGCCUGCUGAUCCCCGCGCGGCCCGUGUCGCCCACUGUGGGCGCCCCCGCCUUCAACGACUCGUACUCCCCGCCGCGGUUGGAACCUCCCGCGGUGGAUGCUGAACCGGAAGAAACCCUCGGGCCGUUGGAGGCUCCUUACCCCAGUCCUGCUUACCGUCGCAAUUUCUCCGUGGCAUUGUUACAUGGGUACGAGAUGUGGAACGAUUGGGGAGAACCUUUUGCACUGUACCCGCAGUUACCGUGGGAUCCGGUAGUGACGUCAGAGGCUAGGUUCAUGGGGUCGGCGGCAGGGUUCCGGCCGGUGGGCGCGGGGGCGGGGGGCUCGGGGAGGGAGUUCAGUGAGGCACUGGGCGGGGACCGGCCGCGGGAACAGUUCACUGUCGUCAUACUCACGUACGAGAGGGAGACCGUACUAGCUGCAGCCCUGGCGAGGCUCAGGGGGCUCCCGUAUUUGAAUAAGGUGGUGGUAGUAUGGAACGGUCCGUCGUCCCCCAGUAGCGUGUCGUCGUGGCCGGAGAGUGGUGCCCCGGUGGCAGUGGUGCGAGCGCCGCGCAACUCCCUCAACAACCGGUUCCUGCCGUACCAUCUCAUUGACACCGAGGCAGUACUCUGUGUCGAUGAUGACGCCCAUCUCAGACAUGAUGAAAUCGUCUUCGCUUUUAGGGUUUGGCGCGAACAUCGUGAUCGUAUCGUCGGCUUCCCAGGCCGGUAUCAUGCGUGGGAUCUCAACUUUAACAAUGGAUUCCUAUACAAUUCUAACUACAGCUGUGAGCUGAGCAUGGUACUGACGGGCGCUGCGUUCGUACACCGGUACUACCUGUGGGCCUACUGGCGCACUCUGCCGGCCGCCAUCAGAGACUACGUGGAUGAAUACAUGAACUGCGAGGACAUCGCUAUGAACUUCUUAGUCUCACAUAUCACUAGGAAACCCCCAGUCAAGGUGACGUCAAGAUGGACGUUUCGGUGUCCUGGCUGCCCUGUUACACUGUCAGCAGACGAGACACAUUUCCACGAGAGACAUAAAUGUAUACAGUUCUUCUCACAGGUCAUGGGAUACACGCCUCUACUAACAACGCAGUACCGCGCCGACUCCGUACUGUUCAAGACACGGAUACCGCACGAUAAACAGAAAUGUUUCAAGUUUAUAUAGUCUCCGGUUGUUCAUAAUCCACAUAAUUGUGGAUACAUAGCUAAUUAUAGUAAUUAUUUAUUUAAUUCAUUAGACAAUGCUAGCGAAACCAGUGGUACUAGCAUAACUGUGUAUACAAUAUUGCAGACAGUGGCGUAACUAUACCUUUCGGGGUCGUGGCAAAUUUAUCAGAUGGGUACUCGUUCCGUAUAAAAAACAAAGUAGUUCUAAUGGAAACCUCUGAACGCGUGCCCCUUCCAUCUAUAGGUCUAUAGCAUAUUACCAACUUGCGCCACCCUGUAGUUACGCAAUUGAGAUCAGAUCAUUAUGUCCAAUUGUUCAAUAAAAUUUCAACCGUAUCACAACAUAAUAAAGUUUAAACGUAAUAUCGAAUUUAGGUAAAAGUGAAAUAUUGAAUUAAUUUUCGGUUCUCCGUUCGUCCUCUAAGCCGUCGCGUCGGGUCGUAGUACUAUAAAUAUAAUAGGGAUUGUAACUAAAGAGAUAAAGAAAUAUAUAGCUUUAUGCACACAAUGUUGCAGAGAAUUAAUAUAUCAAAAGAAUAUAUAAAUCAGAUACAUGUAUUUGUUCAGUUCUUUUUCUACGGUUUUUUUUUCUAUUGAAAUGGUACUUUUUGAUUUAUAAUCAUAAAAGUGUAAUAUAAGAAUAGUAAUGAUUACUUAGGUAGAUCAAAUCAUGCGAGUCUCGUAAUUUUAAAAGGUUUUUGUAAUGGAAUUGAUUAAUUGUUUAAGAAUAAUUUUUGGUGCGUAAAUAAUAACAAUAUUCAAAUACGUAGGUACCUAAGUGAACGAACUUUGUAAAUAUAAUGAUAAUUAGGUACGUACUACGUAAUUAUAAUGAAAUAAUACUUUUAUCAUAUUGUACAUUCAAGUUUACCAAAUAAAAUUAUUACAUAUAAUUUCCUUAGCUAUGAUAGGAGAUGUUACACAAGAGUUAAGACGAUUUUUAGUUAUAGUGAUACACCGUUAUUCAGUUUUUAACCUGUUCAAAAAAAGGGAGGGAGGUUCUACAAUGUACAAUUCGACUGCAUUGUAAAUUGAAUGAAAAUUGCUGUAGUUUCGAUGAAACUGUCAAUAGUCUUAAAAUGCAAUAGAACAAAAUUAUUUUGCCAUUGAACAUCUGUUUCACCUUUAGUUCAUUUUAACUGACGGUACAUCAUUUUACAUGUUUUCCAUCUGAAAUGUAUCAGUUAAGCUAGCACAAACUUCAUUUUGUGGUGGUAAAGCAGUGGCCCUUAAUGACAAUAAUGAAUUAAGUACACAUACUGUACAUAAUAAUAGUAAAUACAAUAAUAAUAGGCAGCUGAAGAUAUAUAAAAUUUCAAUACGAAUAAAAUUGGGGGCGUCCUUACCUAUACUGCGGGGUCCCCGGGCGCCAGGUGUUAAGGGGGACAAGCUGUUAUAGGGCGCCAAGUAUUAGCAGGGGCGCUAAAUAUUGGUGGCGCUAAGUGUUAGAGGGCGCCAAAUGUCAUGGUCUGCCAAAACAUUUGUACACUUAUGAGAGUUGUAAUUUAGAAAGGCGCCAGGGUGUUAUCGUACACAGCUGUUAUAUGGAUAAAGGACUCCCUUGAACAAAAUCGUUUUCUAAUAUUAAAUUAAAAUAACUGAAGUAAUUUCUUACUCUAUAUCAAUAAACAAGUUUGGUUGUUUUGUUAUUUACUACCAUUGUGCGUCACUUCAUACAUUAAUAUUACCAAAUAACGUGAAUAUGGUUACAUGUGAACUCAGGAAUGUAUGUGUCAGUUUAGAGCGUCAUAUUUCAGGAUUUUUUUCUGAAUAUCCUCAACCUAUACAAAUAAGGAUGUUUUUCGUCACAUUACGUGGCGGGAUUUUGACAAAUAAAAAUAACAAUUUCUAGUUAAUUAUUUUGUGGUUUGUCAUUGUUAUUAUUUCAAUUUUU